UCAAACGAUUCUUACAGAUCCGCCCAGGAAGUGGUGAACAGGGCGAGAGUGCAGAACGAAAAACAUCGUAACAAACGGCAAGAAAGUUGUGAAAUGUUGGCUUUCAAGAGUUGUAUGUGUCAACGAUGUCUAUGAUCUUCAGUUUCUGUUGAAAUAGUCCAUGGGAAAUGUAUUUGGUCGAUAAGAUACGGUUCACCGACCAAGAUGGGUAGAAAUGGCGGGGUUUGUUUUAUUUUUUAGCCUUCCUGCUAGGCAGACAAGUUUUUAAGCGAGCGGGUCAGCAGGUAGAAAGCUGAAGCAAUAAUUAUUCUACCCCGAUCACAUUGGUACCAAAUAAACUUGUUGGACGAGUAGGCUAUUGCAACAAUAUUUUUUUAUUUGAAGUGUAUACUUGUUUUUCUCUCAACUGCCUCCUGGGUCCUACGAACAUGACGCCCGACCUCCUUAACUUCAAGAAGGGAUGGAUGUCAAAACUGGAUGAGAAUGGAGAGUGGAAGAAGCACUGGUUUGUGUUGACCGAUGCUGGUCUGAGGUACUACAGAGACUCUGGGGCGGAGGAGAAGGAGGAUCUGGACGGGGAGGUUGACCUGAAGUCUUGUGUAAAAGUGUCUGAGUUUGAUGUAGAGAAGAACUAUGGAUUUCAAAUACAGACGAGGGAGGCAGUUGUCACACUGUCAGCUAUGACUGCAGGGAUCAGGAGGAACUGGAUUGAGGUUCUGAGGAAGUGUGUUCGGCCCAGCAGCUCUCCAGACCUUACACAACUACCUGACAGCAGUAGUGACAAGGAAAACUCUCGCUCCCUGGCCUCCACUCAUCGACCACCUUCUCGCCACGGUGAUGCUGGAUCAGAAAUCACCACCUCCUCUGUACGCCGAUUUGACUGUGUUGAGCUGUCACCAGUGCCCGUCCCCUCCAGCCCUCUGCCAGCCACUCAGAGAGAGGCAGGGGAGGGGCAGGGCAGGGAGCACGCCCAAUGGCAGGAGGAGAGGAGCAGAGAUAUGACCAGUAGCACAUGGGAGCAGGUCCUGUCGAGGAAAGGGCCGGGUGUAGGCUCAGAUCCCAGGAUAAGAGCCGAGGAGGAAAUUGAGAAAAAGUGGGCAGAGUUUGAGCGGCUGCCAUUAAAGGAGAUGAGGUCACUACUGCCAAUGGGCUCACGGUCCAGCCAUCCAGCCAAUGAGGCGCUGCAGAGGGAGGUGGCGUCUCUGAGGCAGCAGCUGGAGCGUUUGCAGGGUGGAGGAUGGGGUGGGGGGAGGGUGGGGGGAGGUAGCUGUGGUCGGGAGGCUACGUGCGGCCGCAGCCUUCAGGCCAUGGAGCGGGCCCACAAACAGGCCCUGGAGGAGCUGCAGAAGCAGCAUGCCCGUGAGACCCGAGAGCUGGAGAGGGACAGGGACCGGGUGCUGAGGGAGGAGACCCAGGACACAGCACAAGUUAUGGAGACACUGAAGAAGGCCCACAGGGAGGAGCUGGAGAGAGAGGUGGAGAAGGCAAAGAGGCUUGGUGGAGGGAGUGCUAACACACAAACUCUACGCACACAGCAGCAGUUAGAGACCCAGGCCCUGCAGAGGGAGCUGUCCGGCCUGUCUGAGAGGUACUCCCAGAAGUGUCUGGAGCUGAACAGGGCUGAGCAGAGCAACGGGGAGAGGGAGAAAGACAUCGCUCGCAAGGAGAGAGAGCUGGAGCAGCUGAGGAAAGAGAACCAGGACCUACAGGCCCGUUUGACAGAGGAGAUCAGCCGCAUGCGCUCCGUCGUCAUGGGCCAGGGGUCGGAGGGCGUUUCCCAUGACAACCAGGACAGGCCGUCCUGUGAGCUGGAGGUUCUUCUCAGGGUGAAGGAGAAUGAGGUGCAGUACUUGCACAAGGAGAUCAGCUGUCUGAGGAACGAACUUCAGUUCCUGAACACGGAGAAGCAGUCAGCCUGUGAGCGGUAUAAAGAGGUGCACGGGGAGCUGAGUGGUAUGAAGAGCAGGAGCGAGCGGGAGAUCCAGAGCCUUAGGGAGCACCUGAGAUUGGCCAUGGUUGCCCUGCAGGAGGGCCAGAAACUAGGCAACAGCCUGGAACACUGAGACACCGCCACAAGGGCUCUGGCUCAGAGACACAGAGAGUUGUGUGGACACAAUGGUGACUGAAAUGGGAGAGGAGCAGAAGUCUUCGCACCAGAAGAUGCCGGCUCGGGGACCACAAUAGUGCCUUAGCUUUUGAUCAUUCAGCCGAUGAGCGACAUAGACUAGUAUCAGCUGAUCGGUCAUAUUACACUGGGUCGCGCUAAUUUUAAUCUGCACUUUUUAAACUUUUUUCUAUUGUUGAUGUGCGAGAGUGAGUGAAUGAAAAUAUUGGUCUGAGAAACUGGAUUAUUUGUGGGAAGACUGUUGCUGUGAUGUAUUUGUGACCUGAAACAGCACUGGAUUACCUUUCUCUGCAUACCUACCUACAUGUAGACCUACUAUUUACAUGUUGACAGUAGCCAACAUAUAAACAGUUGGUCUACGUGUUGGCUACUGUCAAAAGCUGAAUAAGGAUGCAGGAUAUAAUUCUCGCCAAAAACAAAACUAUUUUCAUUUGAGCAUGGAUUUGUACAGACUGAGUCAUUCCAUGCCAUAUCAGCAAGUUAUGAAACCCACCAUCUCAGAUUAUUCCGAAAUAGUUUCUGUAAUUGGCAAUGGGUAAGAUUGACAUUCCUGAAACAUUAUUUUGUUGAAACUUAAUUUUAUCUCUGAGAAACGUAAGUGAUUGCACCCAAAUUGCCACUUUAUUUUUAUAUAGAAUUCAAGGAUUCAGAUAAUAUUCAAUAAAUAUAGUUCCCAACAUCCGAUUUGGACCAAUCUUCUUCCUACUAAUGAGUAAGACAUGGGGAAUCUUAUAACAUUGUCAAAAGCCACCCGCGGACCCACCACAUCACAUGCCAAUCCAACCCCAACAACCAGUAGAUGGUAUCAGUUGUCUGUUUUAACAAGUAGUAUGAAGCUGCUGCUUGGAGUACUGCUUCUCCAUACUAUGUAAUGUAUUCCCUAGGAAUCUGGUGAUUUUUCUUAUCCCUCCCUGUUCAGAGAAAUGAAUAAUUGAAGUUACUUGCAUUAUUUACCAUAAAGUAGUGUGAAAGUACUAGGUUUUGACCACUAGAUGCCGUGGUCCUGCUAUACUGCCGCACUCAUCAAUUUUGCUGGUCUCUUGUGUUUAUUAAAUAGAUCACAACAUUUCCUUUGCAACUUUGUAAACAAAACCAAUAGAUUUGGCUCAUUAUGAAAAUACAUUGUGUGGUCAUCUUCAAUUUCAAGCCAGUCCUCUAUGAAAGCAAUUGAGUUUGUCAUUUUAUGCUUAAUAUGUGGCCAGGACACUGCCCUCUUGUGUGCGGUUCUGGAUUAGUUCCUGUUAGACCAUUCCCGGUGAACAAGAAAACCAUUUAAGCUAUAGAAGUUCUAAUGGUUUCAAUGUUAUGGUCUUCAAUGGUAUAAGUCUCAAACAUACACUGUAUAGUGUUUUGUAAUGGUAUUGGUUUGGAUUUAAUGCGAAAUUUCACUAAUCACAAUGCUGUUUCCUAAUAAUUUUAUUGAAAAACUUGACUGCAAUGUAUUUUAUUAGGGUUGUCACAUUUUAGUCCCUAGCCCAUUUCUCCAUCAAAGUUUUGGACUUGUAGAAAAAGUAUUCAUAUGAGAAUUACACCAUAGGGAUAGCCCUAAGAAAGCUGCCACUUGUUGGAAUAUUCAAGGAACUUGUUGAACAUAGCUGGAACUGUAUACUGGUUGUUGGGAUGGUAUUGUUGUGGGGGUGGCUUUUGACAUUUUUUGGGGGUCUUACUUAUUGGUAGGAAGAAGUUUAGUCCAAUUUGGGCGCAAUCAAUUAGUUUAAUUUAUGAGAUCAAAUUAUAUUUAAACAAAAUAAUGUUUCAGGAAUGCUAAUCGUAUCUCUUACUAACUACAGAAACAAUUUCAGGACAAUUUGAGAGGGUGGGUUUCGAGCCUUUUUGUUGUGCUGUUUGAAGUGGAACGACCUUAAUGUUGUAUAUCAACAAUGGUUGCUCAGUGAUUGUCAUUGUACGCAUUUUACUUCGCAAACCUAUUUGUCGCUUUAUUCAAUGUAAUAUCAUCUUACAAUGUGGGUCUCCAUUGUGAACAUACACUUUUACAACUAUUUACCAUUGGGAUUGAUACAGAGAAGUUGGUUUGGUACUGUAAAUUCCUGGGAAGCCAAAUUGGAAUCAGUCAUUCCUCUAGUGUGUAGAUACAAGUCAUCUGAAUGUGUGCUUUUUGGUUUAUAUAGUGCCUUCUGUGACUGGAGAGUUGCUUGUAGAAGUUCGAUGAAAUGUUGUCUCGCAAGAAUUCUUGAUUUUUGAUGAGGCUAAGAAGAUGCAUGUUGCGAUUCUUUACCAACAUCCGAACAUUGUGUAGGCAUGAUUGUUUGUGCCACAAAAAUGUCUAGUGUUGCGUCAAUGAGCCAAUGUUUUUUUUUUUUUAUAUAUAUAUAUCAUGUAUUUUGUGAGAUGAUAAAGUAGACAAAUGUCUUUUGACAGUGUUUUUAAUAUUUAAUGUAGGGCAUGCGAUAUCUUUGUAAAGUACCCUCGUUUUACAAGCAAUAAAAUGCAUGUUUAUACA